GGUCGCGGGCUCGCUCCUCCCCGGACAGGGCGAGAAGGGGAAGUUCCGCCCAGCAGCCCGGCCUCCCGCAGGACUGCCCCGCCCUCUUCCUGCCCCUUGAGCGGGGGCUGCAGGGCAGGUCCGCGGUGGCAGGGCUGGCUGGAGGGCCAUGCCCUUGUCGCCGAACACUCAUGUAUUCUUGCAACUGGUCGUGGUCUCGGGAGGCACCCUGUCUUUCCUGCUGGACCUGGCCUGCGACCUGUGGGCCACCGUCCAGUACUUGCUCGUUGGCCGUUACCUGUGGGCCGCGCUGGUCCUGGCGCUGCUGGGCUUCUCUUCCGUGCAACUGCAGCUCUUCAGCUGGAUUUGGUUGACAGCUGACCCCCCGGAGCUGCACGGGUCGCUGCCCUCGCGACGUUUCCUGGCUGGGCUGCACCUGCUGCAGCUCGGCUACCUGUACAGGUGCUUUCAAGGGCUGAAGCAGGGGCUGCUGAUGUGGCACCAGGAGCUGCCGUCUGAGUAUGACCUGGCCUAUGCAGACUUCCUCUCCAUGGACAUCAGCAUGCUGCGGCUCUUCGAGAGCUUCCUGGAGGCGACGCCGCAGCUCACACUGGUGCUGGCUAUCGUGUUGCAGAGUGGCCAGGCCGAAUACUACCAGUGGUUUGGCAUCUUCUCAUCCUUCCUGGGCAUCUCGUGGGCACUGCUGGACUACCACCGGUCCUUGCGUUCCUGUCUUCCUUCCAAGUCUAACCUGGGCUGGAGCUCCUCUGCCAUCUACUUCCUGUGGAACCUGCUGCUGCUGGGGCCCCGAAUCUUUGUCGUUGCCCUGUUCUCAGCUUUCUUCCCCUAUUAUAUAGCUCUGCAUUUCCUCACCCUGUGGCUGGUAAUGCUGUUCUGGGCCUGGCUUCAAGGCACAAAGUUUAUGCCAGACCCCCGCUCUGAGUGGCUCUACAGGAUGAUGGUGGCAAUCAUCCUUUAUUUCUCCUGGUUCAACAUGUCCAGAGGCCGCACCCGAGGCCGGGCCAUCAUCCACUUGAUCUUCAUCCUCAGUGACAGUGCUCUGCUGGUCACAACUGUGGUGACGUCCAGCACCUGGCUCCCCAAUGAGACCUUAUUGCCAACGUGGCUGACUAUAGGUGGAGCCUGCUUCCUCCUGGGACAGGCUUUUCGUCUGAUCUACUACCUCUACCUGCAUCCUCGCUUCUACUGGGAACCUGACCAAGUGGAUGGGGCCAUGGAUGGGACUGUGGGUGGGACUGUGGUUGGGUCCAUGGGUGGGUCCAUGGGUGGGUCCACGGAUGGGUCCGGAAGUCUCCUUCCUCCCGAACAUACUAAGUUGCUUUUUAACAGGCGAGCCACUCAGUUAGCACAUCAACUCUUCCCCAAGGCCAAAGCACGGAUGGUUCUGUCCUCUAACUCAGACCCUGAGUCAGCCAGUGAAGAUGAGACGAGGGGAGCUUGCAAGGGCUUCCAAGUCUGCUUGCAAGGGCCAAGGGGACUAUUCACAUAGAAGCCAUUUUCUCUUCCUCUUCACCCAGUAGAACUUGCUGUCACCAAAGACUCACAUUGUUGCCACUCUCACCUCUCAGGUAACUGGUGGAGGUGGCCUGUCUCCUGGUUCCCUAGCCUGCUCUAGAAGACCUUGGAAUUCUGGGAGAUGUUCUUGACAAGGCUUCCCUACUUCCCCCACAUCCACUCACUUCAAUCAGCAAAUGCGGAGGGCACUUUAUCUUCUGGGAGCACCAUCUUAACUUUUGAACUGGCUGCCACCCUGGCUUCUUUCCCUGUCCAUUUGGACAAAUCCUGAGUAGGCUACAACAGCUGAGGCCAGCAAUGUCCUGCCAUCCCCUGCAGUAUCACAAAGCAACCAUCUCUGCUGUGGGUCCUAGGCCACCUUUUUAAACCAAGCGCCUUCAUGGACCUGUGGUCUAGGCCAUAUACUGUCCAUUGAGUAUUUUUCAUUCUAACAGCAUACAUACCUCCUACCUCAAUCUGUGUGAAAGGAGAAGACGUGCUAACAGUAUUAAAACCUCAUGAAAUUCUCCAAACCAGUAUGUACCAUUAAGUGCACUCUAUCAGGCUUUCUACUGUGGAGAGGUGGCAGGGGCCUGGAACCCCUUAAAACUGGAGAGAGAUGUAGGCCAGCUUAGGUUUGCUUUCCAAGAUGUGGGAGCUGGUGAGUCAGAGUAGGUUGCUCAUUUGGCUGGCAGCAGAACUCACAUCUGGGCAGACACUGGUGCAUUCUCUUAGCAGCUCUGUCUGGGUCUGAAGAAUAUACAGCUAGGAGGCAAGUCUGAGGGCUGGGUGGAAGGUAAAGUGCUGGGAGCCCUUUGUGGAUGAGAGGUGAAGUAACUCCUGGGAUGUGGAUGUGACUGAGAGUUCUGUGGAGAGGGAUGUUCUACUGAGAGGUUUGUGGUCUGAUGGGACAAGGAAUAGGAGAAAGGUCCUAGUGUCAGAAGAAAAGGUUCUAGGUCCCAGUGCUGGGAUCCAACCUAGUUCUACUAGUCACUCAUUUAUUGGUGUGGAGGUAAGAUAAACUGGCCAAAACACGUAUCACAGCAUAGUGCCAACUGCUGAAAGGAAAACAAUGGAGAAGUGAGGGGUUGUGUGUUGUGUGUAGGAGGCACAGCUUUACAAAGAACCGUUAGGAAAGACCCCUGAGAAACUGAGGCACUGAAGGUGAAGAACUACUUCAGCAACUGCAGCCUGAAGCCUAGAGUCAUGUGGUAUGUUGGAGAGAAGUAAUGUCUGCAAGGGCAGCAAUCUCGCUGCAAGAGGACUGUGGGGUGCUGUUGGUCCCAGCUAAGGAGGCUGCAGAGAUGCAACUGGGGUCUGGAGAGACAGGCUGGGAGAGAAGAUGCUUCUUAUACUAAAAAUGUAUGUGCUGAAUAUGGACAGGGAGCACCUAGUGGUUUCCAGACUUGAAUUUCAUAGACCAGUAAAAGGAGCCCCAGUGAUUAUUGAUGUUAAACGGUCAUGAAAAACCCCUACCUCUGUCUUCACCACCUCAUGAAAGAACAGAUACAAUGACAUCAGAGGGGCUGUUUUAUAAAGGUAGGCACACACCUGAAAUCACUGUUUAUGCAAAGGGUAAGAUCUACAGAGGGCUGGGCUGGCGGGGCACACCUGCCACUCUAGGCAAGGACUCCUCCUCAGUGACAUAGUCGGAGGCCAGCUUGGACUGCAUGAGACCCUGUCUCAAAACAAAAACAAAACCACAGCAUGUGUUUAGGAUUUUAGUUUUGGCUAAGCUUUCAUCUAUAUUCCAGGUGAAGUUGUCAAAUGAUGGUAACAUUUAAUUAAAUCCAAACAAUGUGUUAGUAUAAUACAUAGCCAUAUACUUUAUAAAAAUUACAGUGUUGUAACUAAAAUACACUUGUGUACACUUUGUGUUUUUGAAAUGGGGGCUUAGCCUAUGCUGGCUUAGAACAUAUUACGCAGUUGAGGCUAAACUGAUCCUCCUGCCUCCGUCUGUCAAGUCCCGGGAUUAAACACGUGUCAGGGCUGGGGCUGGAGAUAUGGCUCAGCAUUUAAGAGGACUGAGGUUUGGUUCCCCAGUACCCACUCAGGGUAGCUCACAGCUGCCUAUCUUUGGCUCCAGCAUCCUCCUUUGGCCUUUGCACAUGCAUAUACAGGCACACAAACACAUAAAAUUAAAAAAUUAGAAACAUCACAACACUGGCCUUGUUUUAUGACAUACUGUCUAGCCUAUUCAGGAAGGCUGUGAACACAUCUUCCUGCCUCAGCCUCCCGAUGGCUGGGGUUACAGGUGUGCACUGCCAUAAAGAGCUCUGUAUGGUAUAUAAAACCACAUUAGUGAAAUUACCUGUAGUUAGAAAAUGUCUUUGGAGAUUAUCAGUAAGAUACAUACGUUUCUGGUUUUGGACAUUUGAGAUGAAGUUCCACACCCAUGGCUUAGACUAGCUCAAACUCUGGACAAUCUUGCCUGUUUCUGAGGAUUACAAAUACCACACCUGACCGAGAACUUUUAAUUGUGAAGAAACCUGUUUUAGAAAAAUAAACCACCUUAAAAUUUAUAUGUCACCGAAGGGUUUGCCGAAGAAAUGCCACUUUGUUAGAAGUUGGAGGUGUUUGCUGUCUGGGUUUGGGAAGCUUCGGCACUAGAACCUCUACGUGUACUGAGCAAGGGUGCAAGCAGCAGCUGACAGUCUGCUUCAGGUGCAUCGUGGCUCAAAAGCUCAACCAGGGCAUGAGACGACUUUCCAUUUCCCGGAGGAAACUCACCUUGUGGGCCAAUAGAUCUAACCCCCAGAAAUAGGAACAUGAAAGGCUUCUAGGCUGUUCUCCAAGCCAAUGGGGGACAAUCAGACUAAAGGGGAGGAAUGAACAAAAACUGGUUGAUGUGACAUGAAAUCAGGCCAGAUCAAAGGUUUCAUAGUAGCUUGUUUGUUUUAUUGGGUUUGCAGCUUAUACUCAGCAUACAAAGACUGACUUCUUUUUAAUAAAGUUCAGCACACUUGACAGUUCAUGAAAUCUAUUCCAUUUCUACACCUUAAAAAGCAAUGUAUUUUAGAAACAAGUCAAAUAAACAUUUUUCUUGCAAAGUUUUAAAA